GCGGUUAUAACAUUCCGCGUUCGGAAAAUGGUAAUUGGUUUUUUUCCAUAAUCUUUUGUUCAGUAUUUAAUUAUUCAUUCGUGACGUGGCAGCCCUAAGCCAUAAGAAACAAGGUAACUCUGAAGCCUGUGUCCACUGCGUGAUUUGUUUAAAUAGAUUCGUAUUACAUUGAUAUUGAAAUGACCAUGGUCGAGGAACACAGCGUUAUCUGCGUAUGUUGGAGUAAGGCUGUUAUCUAUGAUCGUGCAGCGAAAAGCACCCGUAUUUACAAACAAAGGCAGCGAUUCAGUAAGCCGGUAGACGCGGUGCAGAGCGCGCGUGAAUGUCGCGGCCAUUUUGAAUUCGUAAACUUUUUAAUUUUUAAGCGUCGCGAGUUAGUGGUGCGCGAUUUAUAAAUCCUACCAACCUUCUUUGAGUGUAGUGUUUUUUUUUUAAUUGCUGAUCUUGAAUUCGUUUAAAUUAUAGAAAAAAGGAUAACGCUAUUGUAAAAAGCGCACGACUUAAUGAGUUCACAAAUCGAUAAAGGACACAACUUCGUAUAUAAUAAAACUAUUAUUUCAAAACUGAAAUUCGCAAAAAUCAGCUGACAGUUCCAAAUCAAAAGGCUCCCAAUAAAAGCCUUCACAAAUUAAUAAAGAGAAAUGUUAUGACAUUAGCUCCUGAAACAAAAAUACAAAAUGGCGGAUUUAAUGAAUAGAUUAAAAAGAAAUACGAAGAAGGAGAGGAACAGUGUAUACUCUAUGGUGUCUUCUAGUGACCUGACACCGGGAAGCUUGGAGAUCUGGCUGGACCUUCCGGAUGAAAUCAAGUUCGAUCCUUCCUUGGAGCCUUUCAAGAAGAAAUAUGAGCAGCAGCAUGGCAAACUUGGAACACCAGAGGUUCUGAUCAUAGAUGAAGGAGACAAGUCUUUGUACGAUAAGAAGAUAUCGGAAAUACCAACAGUUGAAGAGAAUGUGGAACAAAAUCACGAAAACGCCCUCAGAGACUGCGGGAGCAGGUUGAUGGAACAUAUCACAACUCCAGAUGAGAAGAAAAUACAAUCGGCAAAGAAAAGAAACUUACAGUUCUUUUUGCGCGUCAUCAAGCUGUCAACUUUAAUAGCCUGCUGGAUGAUACUGACUGUAUCAUUGAUAAUGAACCAGGAGAAAUCAGAUGUGGUCCUACACACUGCUGUCAAGGGUGGAGAGAUGAAAGAAUACGAGCUUCAAGCGACGCUGGAGAAACUUCUAGUAUCUAUCACUAUAACCGGUCCAUUCCGUCAGGUUACUUCCAACGGUACCUCGAACGUAUUGCAAUUGUGGUUGCAUAGAGAAUCGGAAGUGUUGGGGAUAGAUCAGAAUUCGCGGCUUUGGUUUGUGACUUUGCAACCAGAAGAAAUUUUAGAUUUCUCACCGAGCACCACGGAGACUAAGACGCUAGUGUUGGAGAAGAACCGAGUUUAUCGAAACAAUAGUGAUGUGAACGACACGUGGGUCGAUACUCUGUGGGAUCAUAUCGAUAAUAAUGACACCAAGAUUACUCUUCGAAUGUAUACUCCUAUCAACAAUACCGUUCCUCUUACUGUCAGUUACCAAAUGAACGCUUUAGAUGAAAGAGACGGCAUCAUUUAUUCUACUGUCCUACUCUGCACGCUUUACUUCUUAAUCAUUUUUGAGGUAGUAAAUCGCACUAUAGCAGCCCUCCUCUCGUCGUCUCUUUCAAUAGCAGUUCUGGCCCUCAGUGGAGCUAGACCUUCUUUACCAGAACUGGUAUCCUGGUUGGACGUGGAAACGUUGCUAUUGCUAUUCAGCAUGAUGAUACUGGUGGCUAUCCUGGCGGAGACGGGGCUGUUCGACUACCUGGCUGUAGUGGCUUUUGAGAUGACCGGUGGACACACUUGGCCUCUGAUGAACUGCCUCUGCUUCUUCACGGCAUUCUUCUCGACAUUUCUCGAUAAUGUGACCACAGUGCUGCUGAUGACACCAGUGACUAUAAGGUUAUGUGAAGUGAUGCAUUUAAAUCCAGUGCCAGUUCUGAUGUCGAUGGUUAUAUUUAGCAAUGUAGGGGGAGCGGCUACUCCGGUUGGAGACCCCCCAAAUGUUAUUAUAGCAAGCCAUCCUUCUAUGUUGGAACAGAAUAUCAACUUUACAACAUUCACACUUCACAUGGGUAUCGGCAUACUAUUAGUCUGUGUACAGACUUACGUACAGCUGAGGUAUAUGUUCAGGGAUAUGAACAAACUACGUCACAGCGUACCUAGAGAGAUAUUGGAAUUACGCCAAGAGAUAGCGGUUUGGAGAAGGGCGGCGGCUUCCUUAUCCUCUUAUUCCAGAGACGAAGAUCUGGUCAGAAGGGCGUUAGAAAAGAAGGUUGACAGACUGAACUCAAUGUUGGUGAAGAGAGAGGCUGGAGGUGGCACUUCCAAGACCGAUCCCAAGUUCUGCUCCACAUUAGCUCAGAUGAAAGAAAAGUACCAGAUUCGCGACAAGCAACUCCUGGUGAAGUCUGCCAUAUGCGUCAUGUUCGUGGUCGUCGUGUUCUUCCUUCAUUCUAUUCCUGAGUUGCAACGACUAUCAUUGGGAUGGACAGCGUUACUCGGAGCUAUCCUUCUCCUACUCCUGGCGGAGAGAGAGGACUUGGAGCCCAUCCUAGCCAGAGUGGAGUGGUCUACUCUUUUGUUCUUCGCCGCUCUCUUUGUUUUGAUGGAGGCUCUCUCUAAACUCGGUCUCAUCGCGUGGAUCGGUAAAAUGACAGAAGCUGUCAUUUUAAAAGUGAACGAAGAGUCGCAAUUGGCCGUCGCGAUCAUGCUAGUCUUAUGGGUAUCCGGCAUAGCCUCCGCAUUCGUAGACAACAUCCCUCUGACAACGAUGAUGGUUCGGGUGAUGGCUGCGCUCUCGAACCCGGCCGGACUCGGCCUGCCUCUGGCGCCGCUCGCCUGGGCGCUCAGCUUCGGCGCGUGUCUGGGAGGUAACGGGACUUUGAUUGGCGCCAGCGCUAACGUGGUGUGCGCAGGAGUGGCAGAACAACACGGAUACAGAUUCACCUUCGUGCAGUAUUUGAAAAUAGGCUUCCCCAUUAUGGUGGGAAACUUAAUAGUAGCUUCACUAUAUUUAUUAUUCUGUCAUGUUCUAUUCAAUUGGCACUGACGGGAUUUUGAACGGAUGAACGAAUGAAUUGAGUGAAUUAAUAUUAAGUGAUGCGAUUUUCUUAAUUUAAUCGAUUGAUUGAAUCGAAAGAUUGAAUCGAUUUCUUUGUGUAGACCAACAAUUUCUGUGUUGGAAAUUUAUCAUCACAAUAUUAUAAGUACCUAUACAACGGUAAACAUCUUCCCUUUAAAUUAUUAAACGUGGAAUAAGCUUAGACUACUUACGCCGUGUUUUGUUCAUAUCACACAAAUGCCAUUUGUCAAAAAUGGAUUAACUAAUCCAACCUUAUUCUUCGUUUAUUAAUAUGGGGGCUUCAGCAUAAACCAUAGACAACCAAGCCUGCGCAAUAGUAACUUUACAUACAGAUACGCGUUCUGCGCAAGUUUGUUUGUCUAUAGCUCUACCCAAGGUGAGAGAAAUUUACAAAUUUCUUAAUAUUUUAACGUUUUAUAACUAACUAGCGGCCUGCCGUCGCUUCGCUUCAGUGUAGAGCUGAAGUGUAGAGUACAGUUUUUGUUCUCAGGCUUGUAUUAUACACAAUGACAUUCAUCUAUGAUUCUUCUUAUACCUGCAUGCAAAGAUCGGUUUAAAAUUGAUAGUUUCAUACAAACUUUCAUUCCCUAUUUUGUCCCCUUGGGGGUAGAAUUGAUCAAAAUCCUUUCUUAGCGGAUGCCUACGUCAUAACAUCUACCUGCAUGCCAAAUUUCAGCCCGAUCCGUCCAUUGGUUUGGACUGUGCGUUGAUAGAUCACUAUGUCAGUCAGUCAUCUUUGAGUUUUAUAUAUAUAAACUAGCUGACCCAGCGAACUUCGUACCGCCAUAAAAAAAUUUAAUUAAAAAAACAUUGUCCAGCGGGCAAAAUUGUGAAUCUAAACCAUUCUCAGAUCCCCUUGAACACACACAAAAAAUUUCAUCAAAAUCGGUCCAGUCGUUUAAGAGAAGUUCAGUGACAUACACACUCACAGAAGAAUUAUAUAUAUAAAGAUAGAUAUUUAUUUUAGUAAAGGUAACUAAAGCUUAAUAUUCCUUGAAGCUUUAUAUAUCGGUGAGUUAGGUUCCAGGGCUUCACGGGAUAGAGGAUUGGGUCAAGAGAGGCAACGGAGCGAGUAAUAUUUUUGGUAUCGCAAACGUCUUUAGGAUGUGGUGGUGGCAGGCAGGCCGUUGCUGGCUAGCUUUCAACCCUUUUGAGAUAAAAAAAAUGUCCGAUUCUUGUAUCAUAAUCAUCGUAAAUUGUGAUUUAGUUUUAGAUUUAUUUCGUAUUUGCGACGCUCAAUAUACUCUGGGCCAAAAAUCGGGGAAGUAUAGAGCAUACAUUAAAUAUCAUACUCAACUAUUUUGAGUAAUAACAAACAAUAUACUGCCUGAAAAUUCAACCAAAAUAACGCAUUUUAAAUAUAUUAAUUCUUUAAUUUGUACAAAUAUACGAAGCGAAUUUUUGAGUUACAUGAGAAAAUUUACUAGCUGAUUCAGACAACGAUUUAGGUUAUAUUUCCGUUACAAAAUAAAGUCACUAAUU